GCGGAAUAACUGAAGAAGCACCAAACGACAUCGUUGACCACUUGUCUCUAUAUAUUUAAUAUUUUCAAAAGCUAAACCCCUCUUUUUCUCUACUCGAGACUUCCACCACAAUCUCUGUAAUUUUCUCGGAGGAAAUGGCUCGAAAUAAGGAGGGCCUUGUUCUGGUGCUCGAUGUUGGUCCAUCUAUGCAUGCUCUGCUGCCGGAAAUAGAAAAAGUUUGUUCUAUGCUAGUACAAAAGAAGCUCAUCUACAACAAGUAUGAUGAAGUGGGAGUUGUCGUAUUUGGUACUGCAGAUACUAAAAAUGACUUGACAGUGGAAGUGGGUGGAUACGAAAACGUGAUGGUUUUGCGGGAUGUAAAGGUUGUAGAUGGAGAUCUCAUUGAAGCUGUACAACAACUUCCUCGAGGAAGUGCCCAUGGUGACUUUCUUGAUGCAAUUGUUGUUGGGAUGGAUAUGCUGAUUAAGAAGUAUGGGCCAACUAACAAGGGAAAGAAACGUUUAUGUCUCAUCACCAAUGCACUUACUCCAAUCAAAGAUCCAUAUGAGGGAUCAAAGGAGGAUCAAGUAAACACAGUUGCUGCACAGAUGAUGACGCAUGGUAUGAAGAUGGAUUGCAUAAUUAUUAGAGCAAACCAAGAUUGGGGUGUGAGAAAGGAGAUUGUGAAAGAGAAUGAUUUCCUUUUAGAUGUAUUUUCAACCAGAUCUUCUUCAAAGAAGGUGUAUGUUGAGAGUGCAACUUCACUUUUAGGUGCAUUAAGAACUCGUAACAUAUCGCCAGUCACUAUAUACAGGGGUGAUUUUGAGCUGAGCUCCAAACUGAAGAUCAAGGUAUGGAUCUACAAGAAAACAUCUGAAGAGAAAUUUCCCUCUUUGAAAAAGUAUUCUGAUAAAGCACCUCCAACAGAUAAGUUUGCCACUCAUGAAAUCAAGGUUGAUUAUGAAUACAAGAGUAUUGAAGAUCCAAACAGAGUUGUACCACCUGAACAAAGGAUCAAAGGCUACCGCUAUGGUCCUCAAGUUGUCCCUAUAUCAUCUGCUGAGUGGGAAGCUGUGAAGUUCAAACCAGAGAAAGGUGUAAAGCUUCUAGGCUUUACAGAUGUUUCAAAUAUCAUGAGACAAUAUUAUAUGAGAGAUGUGAACAUCUUCAUUGCUGAACCUGGAAAUACAAAGGCCACACUCGCAGUCUCAGCAUUAGCAAGAGCAAUGAAAGAUAUGGAUAAAGUAGCUAUUAUCCGCUGUGUUUGGAGACAAGGACAGGCAAAUGUUGUUGUGGGAGUCCUAACUCCUAAUGUAUCAGAAAAAGAUAAUAUUCCAGAUUCAUUUUAUUUCAAUGUGCUUCCUUUUGCUGAAGACGUGAGGGAGUUCCAGUUCCCAUCUUUCAGCAAUCUCCCUCCAUCAGUGCAGCCAAAUGAACAGCAGCAACAGGCUGCAGAUAAGUUGGUUCAAAUGCUUGAGCUUGCUCCAUCUGGCAAAGAGGAAGCCUUGCAACCCAACCUCACACCCAAUCCUGUUCUUGAGCGUUAUUAUCGUUCCCUUGAGCUGAAAUCAAAGGACCCAGAUGCUGCUAUCCCUCCACUUGAUGAGACCCUCAGAAAGAUAACAGAACCUGAUGCCGAACUUCUUUAUCAAAACAGAGCUGUGAUUGAGGAAUUCCGUACGUCAUUUGAACUCAAAGAGAAUCCAAAGCUGAAAAAAUCAUCCCGAAGAGUAUUAAGAGAAAAACCUUCUGGAUCAAGUGAGGAAGGAGAGGGUGUAAGUGAUGUUGGUCAAGCCAUGGAUGCUAUUGAAUAUACAUCCAACGUAAAAGUCGGAAAAAUAGGGGAUUCAAAUCCUGUUCAAGAUUUUGAAGCCAUGAUAUCUCGUCGAGAUAGUCCACAAUGGAUUACAAAAGCUAUUCAGAGCAUGAAAGACAAGAUAUUUGAUCUAGUUGAGAACUCUUUUGAAGGAGACACCUAUGAGAAAGCACUGGAGUGUCUAGGUGCUCUCCGCAAGGGUUGCAUUCUGGAGCAGGAACCGAAGCAGUUCAAUGAUUUUUUGCAUCAUCUCCAUAAAUUCUGCCAAGAGAAAAACCUCAGUAGCUUUUCCGAAUAUUUGAUGUCACACGAGAUGAUGUUAAUAAGCAAGAAUGAAGCACCAGAGAGUGAUGUUCCAGAGCAUGAAGCCAGACUCUUAACCGUGAAAAAGGAGCCGAAGGCUGAGCAGGAUCCUGAGACAGUACCCCUCGAUGUCGGGCGGUUGUAACAAUUUUUGACUCAGCUCGAUGGUCACAGAAGAGACUCUUCAGUCAAGUCAUUAAUGUUCCGGUAACCCAAGAACCAAGUAAGCAUAUCUUGACACCACCUGUAAACAAUGGAAGGACUUCACAAUCGAAGAAGAGUAGCUUCAAUCUUCUCAUCCAAUCCUGUUUUGUUCAGAUGCUCAGCCGAGACUCAAUUGCAUGUUUGUGUACGUGCAAAAUCUGUGAAUAUUGUGACCUUUGAAGGAACUUGUCUGAACCAAUUGCAUCCGCUAGAUAAGAUGAAGAUCCUGAUACUGUUGGCGACUAAUUAUUUGGUGAAACAUGUGAAACACAUACUUUGAUUUAUCACAUAACUUUUUUUUUAAAUCUUAUAUCCAUUUUCUGAUA